AUGGGAAUGAAGUUUUCGCAGUCGCGAAUGGCAAUCUACACUGCCGGCAACAUGAUAGGCACGGGGACCCACCAGACUUUGAAAGCCUUGGCGAAGGAUGGGUGUGGAAACUUGCUUUGGGCAAACUUCUUGUUCUCGGGGAUGCUUGUGACUCUGUCGGCAUUUCCACUCUUGCACCUGUACGGCAAGUUCCCAGCAAAUGGCUGUCUGCACCAAGCUGCCGUUGAAGGCUUAGGCAGCCAAGUGGGAAAGUAUGUGUCAUUCAUCAAUGGACAGCUGAUCACAAUCGAGCUACUCUUCGCAGUGACCAUGCAGGCAUCCUUCUUUGGCAGCACCUUGGCAAGCUUCUUUCCGGAAGAUUCAACUGGAACGGUGGCCAAGACUGCCAGCCUUGGAUUGGUCAGCAUCCUUUGGGCACUGUACCGCAAGAAAGGUGCCUUGUUCACGGCCAACGUCGCAUAUUGGCUGGGGGUUUUUGAGCUUUGCACAGUUGGGCUACUCGUCCUGAGCAGCCCGAUGGCAUACCUCACUGGGACAUCGCUGCGCCCCAUCUCUUCUCUCAUGGACGGGUCAAGGACUGACAUGGUCAAGUUUCCCAGCGGCAUCCACGUUGCGAUUUUUGCCUACGGAGGUUUUCCUGGCAUGCUCCAGUCUGGAGAUUUGGUGGAGAACCCUCGUGAGAACUUACCACUAGGCAUUGUCGGAGCUUGCAUCAUGACCAUGUCUGUCUACGUUCUCCUCUCUGUAUCGGUGCUCUUGGUCGUGGAGCCACAGCAGAUCGCGAAUUUCACGAAUGCUUUCGACAGUUUGGAGAAUGUGCUUCCCAAAGGUGUGCUCGUAGCUAUCUCCUGCACAGUUUUGUCAUCUGUUGCUAACAAUGUCAUGGAGAAUGCUUUGGUCGUUGUAGAGAACUUGCAUCAGAUGGUAAUGGUUGAGGACCCCCGAAGCAUGCUGGAACUGCCGAACUUUGGCUUAUGCAGUUCUGACAUUGUGACUUUGGAACAAUCUCGGUGCUCACCAUGUUCAAAGACACGAUUGGGCUAG